AUGGCUAUGGGUUCUAGACAAAUCACAGAAAAAUCUUUGUCCCUAAUUAGAUCCUUGCCAAGAAUAUCUUUGGGUAACAUCCGUGAUAAUCCAGGUUCUAAAAUAACACAAAAACGUGGUCGUGGCCAACAUGGAGGUGAUAAACAUGGAGCGGAAUACCCCAUGAGCCAUAUUACAAAGGACAUCAUCACAGAAGACAAUAUCCACCAAUUUCAUUAU